AUGAAGGACGAUAUAGACGAAGAACGAAAAAGGACGAAGGACGAAAUGGACGAAGGACGAAAAGGACAAAAAGCAUUAAGAGGACCAAAUGGACGAAAAGGACGAAGGACAAAAAGGACGAAGGACGAAAAGGGCGAAGGACAAAAAGGACGAUGGACGAAAAAGGACGAAGGACAAAAGAGGACGAAGUACAAAAGAGGACGAAGGACAAAUGAGGACGAAGGGCAAAAAAGGAUGAAAAGGACUAAGGACGGAAAGUACGAUGGACGAAAAAGGACGAAGGACGAAAAAAACGAAGGACUAAAAGGACGAAGGACGAUAUGGACAAAGGACGAACGACGAAAAGGACGAAGGACGAAAAGGACGAAGGACGAAAAGGACGAAGGACGAAAAGGACGAAGGACGAAAAGGACGAAGGACGAAAAGGACGAAGGACCAAAAAUACGAAGGACCAAAAAUACGAGGGACGAAAAGGACGAAGGACGAUAUGGACGAAGGAUGAAAAGGACGAAGGACUAA